UGGCAGGGGAAAAAAAAUCUAAAACGGUGGACCAUGAGCAUCACAGACGUCCUUAGUGCUGAGGACAUUGCAGCUGCCCUGCAGGAAUGCCAAGACCCAGAUACUUUCGAACCCCAGAAAUUCUUCCAAACAUCAGGCCUGUCCAAGAUGUCAGCCAGCCAGGUGAAAGAUGUCUUCCGGUUCAUAGACAACGACCAGAGUGGAUUCCUGGAUGAAGAAGAGCUUAAGUUUUUCCUGCAGAAGUUUGAGAGCGGAGCCAGAGAGCUGACUGAGUCAGAAACCAAGUCGUUGAUGGCAGCUGCUGACAGCGAUGGAGAUGGAAAGAUUGGGGCUGAUGAAUUCCAGGAAAUGGUGCAUGCUUAAACAGCCCCGCAUCUAAGGAGAAAAGAGAAGAAAGGAAAGUCAACCAGAAGGUCUCUAAGUACCCUGAGAAUGGGGAAACUCCCACAACCUACCCCAAACUAAUUUAUGAACUCCCCCUGAGAUAUUUCUGCAAUUUGGUCAUCAUUUGAAUAAGGAAAUGAGACAAAUCUAAGGCUUGACUGGUGGUGGGUAUGCCCUGAUGGCUUCUCUACAGCUCCACUGCAGGCAAUGCCUUGAAAAAUCACCCAAUAAAGACAGUUUCUCAUCA